UGCUCCUCGUUCCAGUGCUCCUCGUUCCAGUGCUCCUCGUUCCAAUGCUCCUCGUUCCAAUGCUCCUCAUACCCGCGUUGCUGCUUCUCCUACAAACCAGGAGUUACUAAGUCAAUUACAACAGCAACAGCAACAACAUCAACAGCAACAACAAAUACAUCAACAACAAUUACAACAAAUGCAGCAACAACUACAACAAGUACAGGAACAACAACAACAACAACAACAACAUGAACAACAACAACAGCAACAACUACAACUACAACAACACCAACUACAACAACAAGAACAUCGCAUACAACAACAAGAAAAUCGCCUACAACAACUAGAACAUUGCCUACAACAACAAGAACAUCAACACGAACGACUCCAACAACAACAACAACAACAUAGACAUGA